AUGGCGGCUAAGUCUGACGGUGCAGCAGCCGCCGCUCCUCCUCCUCCUCCUCCUCCUCCCCGCUGCUCUCUCGCGGACUGCUGCUGGACUCUCUGCGCCCUCCUGGUCUUCUUCUCGGACGGAGCCUCGGACCUGUGGCUGUGCGCGGAUUACUAUCUCCGGGGGGAGUACUGGUGCUUCGCCCUGACGCUGGUCUUUGUGAUCGUUCCGUCGCUGGUGGUGCAGGCGCUCAGCUUCAGAUGGUUCGCGUACGAUUUCUGCGAGAGCAGCGACGCGGCAGCGGCAGAAGCGGUGGUGGCGGCGACGAGUGGCGGUGGAGGAGGCGGUGGAGGAGCGGCAGAGGAAAAGGGCGACGUUAGCACCAAGGACAGCGACUUCAGUGCCAAGGACAGCGACGAGGAGCGGCGGCGGGGCGGCGACCGCGGCGGAGCCACCGGGACCGGAACGGUGUUACCGGGAGCUGCCGGGACCGGAGCGGUGUUACCGGGACCGGGGACAGGGGGGGGCGCGCGAGGCUGCUGCAGGGCCUGCGCGUGGUUCCUGCAGGCCGUCAUACACACCCUGCAGCUGGCACAGGUCUGGAGGUACGUCCACGCUCUCUACCUGGGCGUUCAGAGCCGCUGGCACACAGACCCGGAGCGCAGACAUUACUACUGGCGCAUGAUGUUCGCCAGCGCCGACAUCAGCAUGCUGCGCCUGCUGGAGUCGUUCCUGAAGAGCGCGCCGCAGCUGGUGCUGCAGCUCAGCUUCAUCAUCCAGGCCGGAGACGUGCUGCCGCUGCAGGGUCUCUCAGCCUCGGCCUCUCUGGUCUCCCUGUCCUGGAUGGUGGCCUCGUAUCAGAAGGUUCUGCGGGACUCGCGGGACGAUAAGCUGCCGAUGAGCUACAAGGCGGUGCUGGUGCAGAUCCUGUGGCACCUCUUCACCAUCGGAGCCCGCACGCUGGCCUUCGCUCUGUUCGCCUCCGUGUUCCCGCUCUACUUCGGCAUCUUCGUGGUGGCCCACUGGUGCAUCAUGACCUUCUGGAUCAUCCAGGGCGAGACGGACUUCUGCAUGUCCAAGUGGGAGGAGAUCAUCUACAACAUGAUGGUGGGCAUCGUCUACAUCUUCUGCUGGUUCAGCGUGAGGGAGGGCCGCACCCGCUGCCGGCUGCUGAUCUACAGCCUGACGGUUCUGCUGGAGAACGUGUUCCUCACCGCCGCCUGGUACCUUCACCGAGGCCCCUCUUCCUCGGAAUCCUACGCCGUCGCCAUGGUGUGCGUUGUGUCCAGCAGCUACGCUUUGGGCAGCUUCUUCAUGUGUGUUUAUUACUGCCUGCUGCACCCCGACGGGCCCGUGUCGGGGUGGCGGCCGGUCGUGGAGAAGGAGGAUUUGCCCGCGGAGUUGCUAGCUUCCCCGGCGGUUAGCCUCCCGCCGGACGUGGUUAGCAGCCCCCCCAGAACCCUGCAGAGGACUAAAGGGCCGGAUUAUUCGGGGGUGGACGGAGACGUGUUUCAGGUUCGGCCUCAGCGGGGGGUCCAGGCUCCGGUUCCCAGCCUCUCCCCGCGCACAGAGGGGCCUGUGAUCCGGAUAGAUCUGCCCAGGAAGAAGUACCCGGCCUGGGACGCUCACUUCAUUGACCGCCGGCUGCGUAAAACCAUCCUCGUGCUGGAGAGUGCGGCGCCCGUCACGCCCCGGAUCCAGUACCGCUGCCUGGCCACGCCCAAAGAGGUGAUGGAGUACGAGACCACGGUGUGACGCCUUCAAUGAGAUCAGACUCAACUCAACUCAACGCCGCUGCCGCCGUGUGGAAUAAAGACUCUCGCCGCGUUUCUCUCGGAGACAAACGGGCGGAGGAAGCGACGGAGUGUGGUGUCCCUUUUUAUUGUUUUUUUUUUACAGAAGCAAAGUGCUGUGUGGUGUUGUUUGAUGAUGAUGGUGAUGGUGAUGGUGCAUAUUCCUGGUUACUGUAUCAGUUCUCAGGUCAGGGUGUGGUACAGGAGGUGGUACAGGAGGUGGUACAGGAGGUGGUACAGGAGGUGGUACAGGAAGUGGUACAGGAGGUGGUACAGGAGGGGGGUGAUGGUCAGCUGCACAUCCUCUCACAGAGACGGCCUUCAACAUGCAGGAGUAUCUAUAGAACUGGACCAGAUGUAGGGCUGCAACAAGACUCUUUUUUUGUGCACGUGAUAAAGCUCGCUGUGGGUGAGCUACAGUUAGCCACCCUUAAUUAUAGUAUUUAAAAAAUAUGUUUUAAAA